AUGAUCAUUCAGUGGCAAUCGAUGAUGGAAAAUCUGAGCGACAUUUACUAUCUCGUGCAGCUGAUUAUCCGUCAGGUCUCCAUCUAUCUGCGUGACUUGAUUAUCUACAAAUUCUUCUGGCUGGCCACGGGUAACGACGACUUUGAUCUAUCGGACACAAAGCUUCGUAAUUUAACGUUGAGAAACAUCACCACCGAUAUAUUCGCCUUUUCUAUCAUAUGCCUGGUGCUUUUUCUUCUGGUAGUCCUCUCGUCCAAGUGUGAGAAGAACGAAAGCCAGAUUUACGCGCCUACAGGGAUAGAAACACUCACCGUAGAUCUACCAGACGAUCCUUUCUGUCACUCGAACGCCAGUUCCACAAACUGCUUCCACGCCUGCGGGGAUUCCCUCUGUUCACGCGGACGAAUUCCGAAGAGGAAUUUCUCGGACGAGGAUGUCACCAGAGUUCGAUCGUCCGGCGAGAAGAGGACAAUGAGGAUCCCGAAGAAGUCGAUCUUCGCUCUGAACUCAAUUCAGCCGCAAAAUUCUCAAAGUACCCAAACCACACACAAGAUAUACCAUCAAACCACACAGAAAUGGUUGAUCAGGCGAACGAGAAGCGGUCAGGUUUACGGGAAAUACCCUGUAUAA